AGUGUACAGCAAAUAAACAUGAUAAAAUAAAAACUGAAACUAUACAUACAAUUACAAUAACAUACAAUGCAAAUUUUACAUGGCAUAUAAUGAACCAUAUAUAAGCUAUUUGCAGCAUAUGUCGCGAAUGAGGUUGUGUUCCAUGGGAGCCACUCGAGCGAUAAAGAGAAUUUGGAUUAGAAUACGAAAGGAACGAGUCUUUAUUGUCAGGAAUGAACGUUACGAAAUUGAGCUUUCAGGGAGCAUCAAAUUAGGACAUUUGAAACAUUUUCAUCCACGACUUGUAAAUGAUCAAAAUGGUAAUGAUGGGAUCAAAACUCUCAUUCCAAGUUGUGGUAAUGUUAACCUGCAUGGCUUCUACAUUACAAAGCAAUGGUUUAUACAAACUUGGGAAGGAGUUGAUAAAAAACGGCGAUAUGGAUAUAGGUGACUUUGACAAUAAAAACAAAUAUCACUGGUACGGCAAGGGAGCUACCGUCACCCAUACAGAUGGACUUCAGGGGAAGGGAGCUCUUGUCUCGAAUAUGACAAAAAAGAAUGCUGUAUUUGGUCAGGUGUUUACAGGUGACGAGGUGCCUCAUGGUGGUAUGUACUACAUGGAAGGCCAUGUCAAGAUUAUCAACCAUCCUAAAGGUUCUGACUGGUUUGAGAUGAACAUGAAAUACGGCUACAAAAAUGCGAAACAAAAUAAAAACAAGUUUAGUAUUUUGAAUGGAUACCCCCGUCUAAGGUCGGACGAUGGAUGGGUGAAAAUUGCCGGUGAAUUCGAGCUCCCAUCAAAUUGUACAGAACUGAUGGUUCUCUUCCAAUCCAAAGACAAGAACCUGAAGUUUGCAGUGGACGAAGUCAGUCUGAAGCAAAUUAUUCCAGUGGCUGAUUGGGAAAUAGCUGCCAAUGAAAUGAUACACGAAAAUAGAAAGGGGAAUGUAAAAUUAAGCGUGAAUAUAACCUACAACCUUGACCCAAGCUUCGUAGGAUUCGAGGUAAGGCAGUUAAACCAUGAUUUUAAGCUGGGCGUUUAUGUGGCAGAGAAGAUUAUUAAUGCUUCUAACAAUUACGCACCGGACUUCAAGGACCGCUACAGGGACUACGUCUACGACAAUUUCAACUCCGCGACGCCAGCCUUGCGCUUCAAGUGGAGCAAAGUAGAACCUACACAGGAUGAAUUAGAUUGGAAGAAUAGUGACCCAGCAGUUUACACUCUCAAAGAAAAUGGGAUGAAUAUUUAUGGACAACCUGUGUUUGAGAAUGAUGCUCGUCGUUGGCCACGAUGGGUGAAAAACAUGGAUAGCGAAGAAUUGGUAAAAGCCAUGAAUAAAAGGGCGAAUGAUCUGAUCGGACGUUACAAGGGAAGCGUCGAUCAAUGGGUUGUGUGCGAAGAUACUUUAUCAAGAAAAGGCGACUUUGAGACAUAUACAAAGAAUCUUGAUAUUUUGACUAAGAUGUUUGACUUUGCUAGAGCUGCGGAUGAAGAUGCAACGCUGUUACUAAGCAACAACGAUGUUGUCAGAAUGUCCUAUUUAAGCUCCGCAAUGGUUCAUCAGAUUAACAGACUCAAAGAUGCCGGCCAUUCUCCCCACAUUGACGUCCAGUGCCAGUUUGAUGACGACUAUCCUGUCGAGCCAAUCAAAAUUAUGACGCGACUAAACAUACUUGCCGAAGCGGAUGUUCCAAUUUGGGUAUCGCAGUUACAUGUUCAACGUGAUGACGUCAUCAAACGUGCCGAUGACCUUGAAAACUUCCUGAGAGUUGCGUUUGCUCAUCCCAAAGUAGAAGGAAUAACACUGGAUGGAUUCUGGGACGAAAAGCUGGUUCAGCCUGAUACAAGCCUUGUAGACACCAAUGAAGUCAAUAAAAACGAAGCAGGAUGGACCGUCAGUCGACUGUUUGAGAAGGAGUGGAGAACUGAUGGAUAUGUGACCCUCCCAGAACUGUUCAAGAGGGUUCAGUCUACCGACUUUCGAGCAUUCUACGGUGAUUACGAAAUAGACGUCAUUGUUGAUGGUGAGGUCGUCGAAACGCGUGAGUUCAGCGUUCAUAAAGACGUCACUACUGAAGUUAAUGUGGAGAUCAACAACCCCAAGCAUGGCGACUCUGUUGAGAAGCGCAGUGUAUACUCUGCAGAUAUGACACAAUUCAACGCAUUAUUGUAAUCAGAUUCAUUACGUGGACAAAGUAGCAUACACUUAUGAUUUGCAACCCGAACGUUGCAUUCGUUCAUCUACAUUGAUUCUAAUGAAUCUUACGAAAACUAUGAAUCCAUUAUUUGAUUUAUGAUUAGUGGAUCUAUGAUAAGUUGAACUAUUUUUUAGAUAUAUCUUUGAAUAUAUAAACCUUGAUUACUAAAAAUAUGGACAUGUUAGACAGCAACGUUGAAUUUGUUGUCUGGAAGGUAACAGCUGCCUAACUAUUCAAGAAUAUUGUGUUUUUUGUAAAGUUGAAGAUUCAUUCUGU